GCCAGAAAAACAUAAAUUUAUGAAUAUCAAAAUGCAAAACUAGAAGAAUUAAACUGAAAAGCUGGUUGAUUUUUAAACUGCCAGAAUCGCCGGGAUGCGUUGUAAAUCUACAAAUUGUGGAUAUAACCUCACAAAUUAUUGUAAAUGAACCUGCAUACUGCAGUAGCAUCUUAGUAGGAAAACACUGAUAUAUUAUGUUGGAGAAAAACACGUAUUUUGGGUCCCAAAUGGGACCCAUCUUUCAACAGAAAGACUACAGGAAAUAUAAAGAGAACUACACAAUGAAGUUCACCGAUUGGUUAACUCAAAAACAAUUGACAAACAUAAGCCAUCAGUAAAGGCAUCCGAUUCAAAGCAUCAUCAAGACCUACAUGAUCAUGUGAAGAAAAUAAUGGAUUCUCAUAAAUAUCCAUCGAAGUCCAAGUCAGCGGAUCAUGAACAACAUCAGCAUGCUCAGAAGAUUAUGGAUGCCGCACAUAAACAUCUUGCGUCAAAGAAGGAAGAAGAAAAAACCAAAAAUGCGAAUUCUAAAAUACCCGCUCAUGAUCUUCAUAAAGACAACAAGGGAUUAAAAUCAAAAACAUCAGACCAUCACACUCUAAAUCAUGAGCAUUCUGGUCAUGCUAAGAAACUAAUGGAAGAAGCACACCACCAAUUGGCACAUGAGAAGAAGAAACUAGAAACAGAUCAUCAUCAAAUGGCUAAAGAUUUAAUGAAUACAGCUCACAAGCAUGCAGAUUCCAAACAGAAAGCAAAAAAACAGAUGAAACAGCAAGGGAUUAAUCAUAAUAAUCAUGAUGACUUACAUAAACAUGUGGAUGACUAUUUAAAGGAACAUAGCGAAAAAAGAGAACAAGCUAAGAGACACUAUGAUGAGAAAAAGUCCAACAAUCACCACCAUUGGCAUCACGGUCAUAACAGUCAUUCACAUCAUGACCAAAUUCACCACCACCAUGAUCAUGAUUUUCAUAGUCAUGGGCAUCAUGAUCAUGAUUUUAACCAUCACGAGUUUCAUGAUCAUCACGUUCCUUAUGAUCAUGAAAUGGAUAAAGCAGCGCAGAAAAUGUACAAAGAGUUGGGAGUCCGUCACCUUGCAUCUGGCAAAAGUGGUAAGGUAUCUACAGAGACGACCAAUCACCUACUUCAGUAUUAUACACUGAGUUUACAAACUGGCGAGAAUUGUUACUUUCAGAAUGUAACAAAAGACUCCAAUAUAAUUAUUGAUUUUAAGCAAACAUCUGGUGAAACAGUCUUGGUGAAAGUUUUUGAUCCAAACAACAAAAUUAUCGUGGAAACAAAGAGAGUUUUUGGGACUUUAUACGCCACAGCUAAGCUAGAUGGACCGUAUCAUGUGUGUAUAUACAAUCCGUAUUGGAGUACGCGUAAAGUGUUUAUGAUUUUAGACGUGGAACCGCUCGAUUUAGGAGAGCAUUACAAGACUCACGACCAGGUGCAUUUCUUUCAUCCUUUGAACGAAAUUUUGAAACAAACUCGGCGUUUGCGAGCUUUGGUGGUUUAUGACAAAACUAGAUGGUCCAUGCGGAAUUAUGAGGAGACGUAUUAUACAAGCACUAUGAUGAACAGGUCUUGGUAUAUGCUCUACUUGGCAUUGGCAAUCUACUUUUACAAGUGGUGGCCAUACACAAAGUGUUUGGCAAUGCAGCAAGCCUAAAUUUAUUACUUGCUCAAGAUAAAGUGACAUACCGAAUGCAAGCCCAGGUUUAAAUAUACCCUUUGCGUGAAACGUUCACAUCAAUAAAAGAUUCUCGCUAUCCGG